AGGACAAGCAAUUGCCACCUCCAGCUUUUGUUGUUGCAUCUCUGAUUCCUCCCCACCAAGCCCUUCUAUUUGUUUGGGUAGCUCUUCAAGUUUCUGUGCAUAUCUGAGAGCACAGUGAAAUCUGUGAGCUGAUGACCACAGCUGUAGGAACACUGCAAAUGGUGAGUGUUCCUGAGUUGCUCAGGUGCCCAAUUAGCCUGGAUUUGUUCAGUGAUCCAGUGACGCUUAGCACAGGCCAGACUUAUGACAGGGCAAACAUUGAGAAAUGGCUGGCCUGUGGCAACUUAACAUGCCCGGUUACAAUGCAGAGGCUCCAUGAUACAUCCUUAGUCCCCAACCACACCCUCCGGCACUUGAUCCAGCAUUGGGUCCUCGGCCACAGCUCAAUGUUUACUGUUCCACUCGAAAGCACGGAAUUCACACUCUCCACCCUCAAGCACAACCUCCAAUUCAGAGAAUCCACUACUAUGACAAAGCUGGAAACGCUUAGAAUCAUCAAGCUUCUGUCUUCGGAGUCGAGCACAAGGCAGGCUAGUUUGAUUCGAGAAGGUUUGUUCGAGCUGCUGCUGCAGGUGCUCUUUCAGUUCCCUGUGGCAGACAAUGCCGAGGUCAUAGAACUAGCCCUCGAUGGAAUCCUCAAUCUAAGCUCUUCCAAAGGUUUGGAGUCGCUAAACAUGUUGAGAAAUGAAUCGAACUUGGUUCGACUAGUGUUUCUAUUAGAACAAGGGAGUUCCAGGGUCAAGGCCAGGUUGUGUAACUUGCUGGAGGCGAUCGCAUCGUGCAGUUUGACACACGAGCUGUGCCUCAUCUUAGGAAGAAGGGAGAGGUUGCUCCAAGUGCUGGUCUCUCUCCUACUCGACAAAUCCGACAUCCGGGAGGCCACCCUGAAAGCGAUCUGCAGCCUCUGCUCGCUCGAAGCCAACAGGAGCACUGCGAUUCGAGAAGGCGCCAUGGACGGCCUCGUCGCGUACGUGUCGAGCGCACUGUACGCCUCUCGUUCGAGGAACAGGAACGUGAGACUCGCCGUCGGCACGCUCGAGCGACUGCUGGCGUCGGGAGUCGGCAAGAGGCGGAUGAGCGAGAUGGAGAACGGGAUCGCGGUGCUGGUGAAGAUGGUGUUCAGGGUGCCCUGCGAUGAUCAGGGAGGCAGCGAGCACGCGGUCGGGGCACUGCUGCUCCUGUGCAGCGACUCGGAGAAAGCAAGAACAGACGCCAUUAAUGCCGGGGUCUUGACGCAGCUGCUGCUGCUGCUGCAGAGCCAGAGCGGGGAGCGGGCCAAGUCCAAGGCCAGAGCUCUGCUGAAGUUGCUGAGAGCCAAGUGGGCAAAGGAUCAAGCAGGAUUGUGAUGUUCCAAUACUCUUGGAGUUCAUGAUCCAUCAAAAUUCAAAACGAAGUAUCUUUUCUUUUUCAUUUUGCUUUUCUUUCUGUUUUUUAAUCAUCAUGCCAAGAAGAAUCUCUCAUGUUCUUCACUACUAUCUAGUUUUUGAUCCAUAUCGUGCAGUAGCAUAUUU